AACGCCCAACAGUUUCAAGUUUUACCGCCAAGCGUAUAAUCCCGAUUUACCAGCAAUGCAGGGUAAUUAGACCCAUUAAAUCUCGAACUUAACCCAGGAAGGUGAUGGGUUCAUUCAUAGCAGCACUAGUAAUCAUUUGAUUAAUGGGGGUGGAGGCCCCAUUUUGUCUGUUUAACAACAAAUUUUGAACCUAAAAAAGGAGCGUUUCAUUGCCCCACGGAAAGUCUCAAUCUGCGGGCUGAGGCUGAGCAAGAAAACGAAGCACCUAUGGCUUAUGCAACUUCCACGCUGGUGCCAGCGAUUUGUCCACACUUUCCUUAUCUUUUUUUUUUUUUUUUUUAUUGUUGUUUUGUAUCGAUUUUCAUUAUCAUAUUCUUCGCCCAUCUCUAAAGUCCACGCUCUUCGCACAGUACACGCACUAGCUCUCGCAAAACCACCUGUAAAUCUAGUAUCUCCAUCGCUUGAUCCAAGAAAUCCUAUUUUCAGAAGAAAAAGGGGAAAUCUUUUACUUUGCAAUGUAAUAAAAAUUGCCAAUCAGUGUUUCAGGGUUUUUAGUGUGUAUUUUCUGAAAUUAAUUGGAAUUUCCUUUAAUUUGAUUAUGUGACUGGAUCGAGUGGCUGCAAGAGUGAGAUUGUUCCAUUGGGAGACAGAUAGUGUUGAGUUGAGUUAGAGUUCUUUUAUCGAAAUUGACAUCUAUUAUUGGCCAUGGACAAUCGCAGCGAUACAGAAACUAGUCCUUUUUGGAGUUUGUUUGCGGCCUUGUCAUAUGGGAUUGCUUCGAUGGCUAUGGUCUUUAUCAAUAAGGCAAUUCUCAUGCAGUAUUCUCACUCAAUGACUCUUCUCACUCUGCAGCAAUUGGCGACUGCUUUGCUAAUACACUUUGGCCGGCAAAUGGGAUACACAAAAGCCAGAGCAUUAGACAUGCAAACAGCAAAAAGGCUUCUUCCAGUGUCACUAUUUUACAAUGCUAAUGUGGCAUUUGCUUUGGCAAGCUUGAAAGGAGUUAACAUUCCUAUGUAUAUUGCAAUUAAGAGGCUUACACCACUGGCUGUACUUAUUGCUGGCUUCUCUUCAGGAAAGGGAAAACCUACAGCGCAGGUGGCACUUUCUGUACUAUUGACUGCUGCUGGGGUUCUUAUAGCAGCAUUUGGAGAUUUUUCCUUUGACCUAUUUGGAUACAGUUUGGCCCUUACUUCUGUUUUUUUCCAGACGAUGUACCUUGUCCUUGUUGAGAGGUCUGGUGCAGAGGAUGGGCUUUCUUCAGAUGAGAUAAUGUUCUAUAACAGCUUUUUGUCUCUCCCAUUUUUGAUGUUUCUGAUCAUAGCUACAGGAGAAUUUCCAAACUCUUUGUCGUUGCUAUUUGCAAAGAGCAAUUCUUUAUCAUUUUUGUUGAUUCUUAUUCUUUCAUUGGUGAUGGGAAUAGUUCUCAACUACACCAUGUUCUUGUGUACUAUAGUCAAUUCUGCUCUAACAACAACCAUAGUGGGAGUCCUCAAAGGUGUUGGGUCCACGACCCUUGGUUUUGUGUUACUGGGUGGUGUACAAGUACAUGCUUUGAAUGUGACUGGAUUGGUCAUCAACACAGCUGGUGGAUUGUGGUAUUCAUAUGCCAAAUAUCAGCAAAAGAAAAGCAAGCCACCAAGAUUAACCUCAGAUGUCGAGGCUCAUCGUAAAUGAAUUCGUGUUGGGGGGUUCCUAGCUGUGAUGAACUCAUCUUCAUGUUGUUUUCUGUUAUAACUAGUUGAUUCUGCUAUUUUGUAUCAUUUACUAUGAUGAUAGUAGCAAUCAAAAAGAGGGGGAAAUUGAAUGAAGCGAUAAGCAAAUUGUUGUCUUUUCUUUUCUUCAUAUAACUACGGCUCUAUAGUUUUUUUCAGUAAAUUUUGAAUGAGUAGAACAUAUUUGAAUUGUAGUUUCAUGAACUUGGAGACAAUGAAUGGUGGUAACUUAAUGUAUGAAAGUUUGAUCAUUCUUCUA